AUGGCUUCUUCAGCGGCAAAUGUCGCGCCUAUCGAGAGCUUUGGUGAGAAAAGACCUGCGGAGACGCCGUUGAGGAGUGAGGAAGGGUCAAGGGGGAGCUACAGGUUCAAAAAUAAGAGAAUGAGAAAGGGUCAUGCCGAGACCAGUAGCAUUCUCAAGACGAAUGGAAGCAACGAAGAGGUACUAUUGGAAGACGUAAAAGCUCUCUUGAAGGGCCUCAGUUUGGAAAAGGACGUCUCAACACAGCUUCCGGAGCUGAGAUCUGAAGUAGAAGUCACCAUCAAGGGCCUUUCUUCCACUGGCGAUGGUCUGGGUUUCCAAGAAGGCUCGACGUCCGACCAGGUGUAUGUGGUGCCGUUCACAGCACCAGGCGAUACCGUCACCGCGAAAGUCUUCAAACACGAUCAGAAGGAUAAGAUAUCCAUGGCCGACUUUGUCAAAGUCGUGAAACCUUCGCCUCAUCGUGACGAAUCGUUAGUCAACUGUCCGUACUUUGCUAGCUGCUCAGGAUGCCAAUUUCAAAUGCUACCCUACGACUACCAGCUUGCACACAAGAAGACCAUCGUGGAGAAGGCGUACAAGAACUUCUCCCAACUGCCACCUGAGCUUAUUCCUGCCAUUGGCGACACUAUUGGAUCUCCUUUACAGUAUGGCUACCGGACGAAACUUACUCCGCACUUUGAUGGUCCGCCGGAUGCUCGUCGGAGCGACGGCAGGAAUGGCAUCCGGCGAAACUUCCAGGAAGUCCCGCCUAUUGGGUUUAUGAAGAAGGGUACGCGGAUCACUAUCGAUAUCGAAGAUUGCCCUAUUGGCACCGACGCAGUACGUAACGGCAACAAACGCGAGAGGAAACGCGUCGCGGACCAACUUGAGAAAUAUCACAAGGGUGCUACUUUGCUCCUCCGCGAAAGCACGCAGCGUGUCUCAAAAGAAGAGUACGAUGCUUCAAAAGAGCAAGAUCCAGAUGCCGUUAUCGAGGAUCGAGGCGAGCACCUGCAUCGCAAGACAUGCGUUACCGACCCCAACGCCAAAAGCACAGAAUACAUAGACGACUUCCAGUUUGUCAAUCCCGCAGGAUCUUUCUUCCAGAACAACAACUCCAUUCUCCCAAAGUUCACACAGUACAUCCGAGACCAUAUCCUACCUCCUACCUCUGAUCACCAGGUCAAACAUCUAAUAGAUGCAUACUCCGGCUCUGGGCUCUUCACCAUCACCUUAUCCUCCCUUUUCAAAUCAUCUCUUGGCAUCGAUAUCUCUUCGUCCUCAAUCGACUCUGCAACUCACAACGCUGAGAUCAACAAUCUACCACCCUCCUCCGCGAAGUUCAUCGCCGCAGACGCGUCCGCGCUAUUCGCUAGCAUCGAUACCGAGGCCGCCGAAACAGUCGUCAUGAUCGACCCGCCAAGGAAAGGCUGCGACGAGAGUUUCCUGCGCCAAUUAGUCAGAUAUGGGCCUGCUCGCAUUGUUUAUGUGAGCUGCAACGUGCAUACGCAGGCUCGGGAUGUCGGUGUCUUGGUUGGGGGUAUGAAAGGUGUCGAUGGUGGUUUUGGCAACGGAGAGGGAUGCUAUGAUAUCGAGAGUAUCUGUGGGUUUGACUUUUUCCCUCAGACUGGACAUGUUGAAGGUGUUGCUGUGCUGCGGCGGAAGGCAGCGAAGGAGUAA